CACAUCGACAACGACAACGACCACGAAACGUCUUUACGUCACUCCACAAAAGCAAAGGGAAACAACUGCUUCUGGGUUUUAGAACGGGUGAGGAUGUAACCUUCCCACUGCUAACUAGGUGGCCCAUUUCACAUCGGCUGAACACCACUCUACUGGAAAACUACAGUGGACAUGGGAAAAAUACACAGGAGACUCGUAGAGCGCCCUCACACAUUAACCAUGUGCUUCAGAUCAGACACUGGAGUAAAGAUACAAACACGCAACCAGUGAAUUCAAGUGGACAACAGAAUAUCUGUGUUCCCUCUACAGACUAAGCGUUGGUUCAAAGUGCUAGAACCUCGGGCUAAAACACACUGGACUAAACUGGAAACCAGAAGGUUGAUCUACUACUGAGCUAAAAACUACUGUUGAGAUGCCAGAGGAAGGUAUGGAGGACAACAAGGGGGGAGAGGAGAGACCCAAGUGGAACAACAAGGCAGAGUACCUGCUGACCUGCAUUGGCUUCGCAGUGGGUCUGGGCAACGUGUGGCGCUUCCCCUACCUCUGCCAGAUUUACGGAGGGGGUGCGUUUCUGAUCCCCUACCUGAUCGCCCUGGUGUUUCAGGGUCUGCCUCUGCUCUACUUGGAGCUGGCUAUAGGACAGAGGCUCCGCAUGGGCAGCAUCGGAGUCUGGAACUCCAUAUCACCCUAUCUGGGAGGAGUAGGUGUAGCCUCAAUGGUGGUGUCCUUCUGUGUGAGUCUGUUCUACAACACUAUCGUGGCCUGGGUCCUCUGGUACCUCUUCAACUCCUUCCAGGAACCCCUGCCCUGGAGCCAAUGUCCCCUCAACCACAACAACACAGGGUACGUGGAGGAGUGUGUAGAAAGCACGCCGGUCAACUACUUCUGGUACCGUCAGACCCUGAACAUCACUCCUAACAUGGAGACCAGUGGCUCUCUACAGUGGUGGAUGGUGGUCAGCUUAGCUACCGCCUGGUCUAUCGUUUACAUCUGUUUUAUCAGGGGGAUCGAGACCAUCGGCAAGGCUGUGUAUGUCACAGCAACGUUCCCCUACCUGGUUCUAACCAUCUUUCUGGUGAGAGCCCUGACCCUUCCUGGAGCAUCUGAAGGUCUGAUCUACCUGUUCACAACUGACUGGGAGAUCCUGAAGAACCCCCAGGUAUGGCUGGAUGCUGCCACUCAGAUCUUCUUCUCUCUGUCAGUGGCCUUUGGUGGACUCAUCUCAUUCUCCAGUUACAACAGCCAGAAGAAUAACUGUGAAAGGGAUGCUGUUUUAGUGGGGGUUAUAAACAGUGCUACAUCUAUCUAUGCCUCCAUCCCCAUCUUUGCCAUCCUGGGAUUCAAGGCCCACACCAACUAUGUCACCUGUCUGAAUGGUAACAUCUUAGCACUGACCAAUGAGUUUGAUAUUGGCGACAUGAACAUAACGGUUGAAAACUACGAGCAGUGGUUUGACUCUUUAAAUGGGACACAUCCAUCUAGAGUAUCCGAUCUCAACCUGAAGACAUGCGACCUGCAAACCUUCUUGGAUCAGAGUGCGUCUGGUACUGGGUUAGCUUUCAUCGUGUUCACAGAAGCGGUGAUAUCGAUGCCUGGCUCUCAGGUAUG